ACAUCAGCUUGGAGUUUAGUUUACGACAGUAAUGGUCUGAUUUGCGGCUAACGUUGUUGUGGACAAGAUGACUUCCAGUCCGAAGUUGGACCCGAAAACAAAAAUAUCGGACAAAAUUAUAGGAAACAUAAAUGAUACAGGUUCACUGUGUCGGCAGCUUCUGAGGGGUUCAAGGUCAUCUGAGGUUUUGAACCUGGCUGCUACAAACUUUGCCGGUCAAGAAAAAACACUUGAGAACUCGGACCAGAAUUUGAAGAAGAUGAGCAUAAUAGCAGCACAUCUACAAUUUCAGGCCGAUGCCAUAGAAAGAAGUGUGGAGGUUACAGACACACUGCAAGACCAACUCAAGACUAUCCAAAGAUGAGAGCAGGGAAAAACAUUCUUUUGAGAACUAAACAGUGCAUAAUCAUCGUAAAGUACAAUUAAAAUUGCAAGUUUAAUUUAUAUUUUCUCAUCUGCACCUCAAAAGAACAUUUCUGUGGAUCGCAGUAGAAGUUACCGAAAUGGGCUGCUGUGUUUACUAUGACGUCAUAUGUGGAAAUCAAUUUGGUUACCUGAAAGCAGGAAACAAUUCUGUGUCAUAUUCAUAGUGCAUUGGAAACACAUAUUCACAGUGUCAUCGUAAAUGUAACUGCAUUUUACUUGGCAGUGGUUUUACGUUAACGGUUUAUGCCGUGACCGCUGCAACAAUUUUUGUUCCAUUGUCUGCUUGUCUAACACUAAGACGCUUGCCUGUCUGUACAUGACUAUAUUGUACAUGCAUUGUAUUUUGAUGUUUUCCAUUGUUUCCCAUAACAAGACUUCAGUACAUGAAAGUUAUUUCAUUAAGGGCAAGUGUAACAAAGCCAUUAUGUAAAUAAGUUCCUCAUUUGCAUAAUUGGUACAGAGAUGUCAUCAUCCCUGGGUGAUAAAUGAUGGGAAUUUCAUACACGUGACAUGUGUAAGUUAGUUGAAUGUAAAUGUCCCAAUGCAUAGAUUAUGUAAAUAUGGAAGACAUAUUGCAUUAAAUCUAAGCUCUAAAUAUUUCAUGGAGGUAUGAGUUCUCCGAACUCUCGUUUGUAAACUUUUCUGUGGCUUGGCGUUCUAUUAUUAAAAUGUUAUUCGCUCUAUAAGACAG